AUGUCCGGCGGAAACACUCAGAGAUUUCGUCCACCGUGGGUGAAAGAUGGACCUAACUCGGUACCGAAGGCUACUGUGCCGUGGAGGACCAAAGAUAAGACUGCAGCUGCCGCUUCCACCGUCACCGAUGACCAACCAUCGAACGCAGCCGCCUCCGAUGAAGCGAAACAUUUUAAAUUAAGAAAAGUUGGACCGUCAGAAGGCAGAAAAGUUACCGAAAUAAAAAUCGUGCCCAAAAUCGAUCACCAAGGGCCGUUGCAGAUCAACAGUAGAGUCGUGCCAAUAGCCGUUGCACAAGUUCCGGAAAAGGUGAAAAAACCGACAUCUGCGACUACUACCAUGGCAUCGCCAUCAUCAAAACCACCACCGACCAAGGUGGUCCAGGUUCCUGUUACUCCUACACCGGCCCCAACACCUCCACCGCCCCCGAAGCCGCCUUCCGCACCGGCACCGCCUCCACCGCCACCAGCACCGGUAAUGCCGUCCCGGGCACCAGGGCCACCACCGCCUCCACCACCACCCGCGAGUUCUAACGGUGGUUUACCACCCAUAAUUCAAAAACCGCCGACGCCGGAAAAAAUGAAGAAGUUGGAAUCGUUACGGAGUAGACCGAGGAGGCGUCCAGACUGGUCGGACAUGAUGAAAGAAGUAGAAAGCGGUAGGAAGUUGAAACAUGUUGAGUGCAACGAUCGCAGUGCUCCGAUCAUAUCUAGUACCAAGUCCAAGGGUCAGUUUUUGUAUGAAUCCGAAACGAAAGCAGAAGAAACCGAUCACCAUCAGCUGCUAAAAGACAUCCAGCACGGAGUCAAACUUCGCAAAGUAAAGACGAACGAUAAGAGCAAACCGUACAUAGAAGGUCUCAGGAAGUUUAGAAGACAGGAAACGAUUGAUGAAAAAAUUCAAAAGUCUGUGUCGAUGGCUGACGUCGUAGCUGCCGCUGCAGAGCCCGAUGAACUCGAUGACAUUGAUAAAGUUCGAGACGAUUUGCAAUCGGCCAAGCAAAUGCUCGCCUUGGAAUUGCGAAGCAAAGAGGCAUUAGAACGGGAAAACAAACGACUUUUGGCUAGAGUUGCAAAUCUACAAGAAGAACUCAAAGACAAGUCAACUGGCACCUCGGGGCCGAUGAGAUCAGACACGGAUCAACAGCUCAUUAAUAAAUUAAAAGCAGAGGCAACAGAAGCUGAUCAUAUUGUCAAAGACAUGGAACAGAAGUAUCAUGUGACGGCCGAAGAACUGGACAGCACUAGACGGAAACUCGAAAGCGCUUGGCUUAGAAAUCAAAAACUAGAGUUGGAGCUGAAAGCCGCGCUGUCUAGCAGAGUGGUCGCUCAACAGCCGGUUCCCCGACAAAUGUCCAUGAAAAAAUUAUCUGUGAUGCCGUCUGUCGAACACCUGUCCGAGGAAGAGGAAGAAGACGAGGACGAAGAUGAUGACGACAGUUCAGAUGAUGGUUCUAGCGACGCGUCACAAGAGAUCGACGAGGCCAGGAGGACGGCCAGAGAGCUGAAACUGUUGGAGGUGAAACUGAAAGCCGUCCGUGACAAGCAGAAUUCUGCGCUCAAGGACCGCCGGAUGUAUAAACAGGAGUUGGCUAAGAAGCAAAAAGAGCUCAAGUCCGAGAAGAAAAAGUACAAAAUAUUACAGAAAGAAGUGGACAAGAUGGCCAAACUUAUGAGGGACACUGACGAAGAGGAAGAAGAUGAAGAAGAAGAGGAAGAAGAAGAGGAAGAAGAAAGCGAAUCGUCUGAGAGCGAAGAGAGCGACGACGAACCGCAGAGCGAGGGUGAAGCACCCGCGUCGGCCACGCCCGAACAAAAGAAGGACAACCUAUGCCGCCGGUCCAAGUACUACGAGGGGCGGUUGACGUCGCUGAAAAAAGGAAACUACUUGCUCAAGGCCAACGUGGAACGACUCCAGGAUGACGUUAACAAACAAAAAGAGAUGUCGCUGGUGUUGCAAGAAGACUUGAAUUCGGUGUUGGCCGAACUCGGAUGAAAAUAAAAAUAAUACUGCAGUUUACCGCUGUGGCCGGCACGCGCGUAUAUAAUAAUAAUUAUUAUUGACAUCGAUUUCGUGCUGUAAAGUAUAAUAUACCUAUACGUUAUAAUAAAUUGUCAUUAUUCUAUUAUAGCAUUAUAUUUAUAUAACGUGGUUUUAGCCCCGUUUUAUUAUAAUAUGACACAAUUAUUAUGAUAUUUUAACGAAAUAAAUAUUAUUUAUUAUGA